AUGCUAAGUGUCACAUGCUAAACGUUCCGCCGGCUGUUGACAGUAAUGGAGGGCAGAGUGAGCAGAGGCAGAGGAGGCAGCUGGAGAAGAGGCGGCCGCGGUGGAAACGACGGCGACGGUUUUGGCGGAGAACACCGAGGGAGAGGCAGAGGAGGCCACCACCGCGGCCGGGGUAAACGAGACCACUACCGGGGUCGUGGACGCGGGGGAGGCGCGGACUUCCAUCAGCGGGAUAAAGAUGAAGGGGACGGCCUUCGGGAUGAAGAGGAGGACCGGAUGGAGGUGUUCUCCAGGAGGAAGCUGGAGUCAAACUGGGACCGAUACGAGGAGUCGGAGAAGAAGGAGCCCGACGACGACGUGCCGUCUCAGAGAGGAACGGACUACCACGUGCUGCUGGAGUCGGCAGGGGAUUCCUUCACUCAUUUCCGGUUUUCCGAAGAAAAGGAUUGGGAGAUGGAUCCGUUCGCUGCCAGUCAGAAGUCAGCGGUGUUUGUGGACCUCCCAGCUCUGGCCCAGACUCUUCAGCAGGUGCCUCUACAUCAGAGACUCAACCUGGAGGCCGAGCUGGUUCAGGUGUCGACACCAGUAGAACUCCCGUCCGUGACCCUCGUGCCGAAACAGGAAGUGCCAAAAACGUCCAAAAUCGUUCCUCCGCCCGCAUCCUUCAAAAGCCUCAGCACCAACCAGAACGCGCCCGUGGCGGCCGGAGGCUCGCCGGUGCGCUCCGAGCCGCAGGUUUCCCCCGGCGCCGCCGCCGCCGCCGUUCCUCCGGUGGACGAUGGAGACGAUGAACUGGACCAGCUGCUCAGUUUACAGAAACCAGUCUCAGGAGUGACAGGAAGUCAGUCUGUCGUCGGCGUAGAGGAGGAGAGAGACGCUCCACAGGAAGAGUGCAAAGAAGCGAAGGAGGAGGUGAUGGAGGAGGUGAAAGACAAAGACGUCACUCCUCCGAAGCCUUCGACCGUCAGAAAGGAGGUCACCGAGGAGGACCUGGAGGACUGGCUCGACAGCAUGAUCUCCUGAAAAGACUCGAUUAAACGCACACGAGGACGAGAAGAUGCAACCGUCUGAUGUUUCUACUGCUUCACGCCAUGCUCUCAUCUUUCCACCCCUCCGGAGCUCAAAGAGAUGAUUUGUUUUUAAGUGGCGUUGAGACGAGACUUGAACGCGACUUCAGAGACGCUGCCAGCCUGUCUCCGUCAGAGGGACGGACAGACGCACAGACAGACGCAACAGUUGGUUUAUUGCGUGAAUAACUUUAUUCAUUUCCUCCCCCUCUUCAAAAGAAAUGCGUUUUGUUUACCAAAGCUACUACAUACAUACAAAUGGCCAUACAAUAGCAGUAGUUUGUCGUUAAUAAAUCCUAAUGUUCUUUUUUUUUUUUAUUCUC